AUGCAUGCUCCACCUUAUGACGCACUUUACUGUUGUAAUAAAAUUUCAGAACUUUCUAUUUUGAUCGACACUUGUCGUGCUCUCCUUUGUCCCUCGGUUCACAACCAAAAAUUGGUUCCAUCUCCGGCCACCGCUACACAACCACUUAGCCGCUACGAAUCACAGAAACGCCGUGACUGGAACACCUUCUUGCAGUACCUCAAAAACCACAAACCACCGCUCGCCCUGGCGCGCUGCAGCGGCGCUCACGUCAUCGAGUUUCUCAAGUACUUGGAUCAGUUCGGGAAGACGAAGGUCCACGUCACCGGCUGUCCUUACUUCGGCUAUCCUAACCCUCCGGCGCCCUGUACCUGUCCUCUAAGACAAGCUUGGGGGAGCCUCGACGCGCUCAUCGGUCGGCUCCGAGCGGCUUACGAGGAAAACGGCGGCCAACCUGAGUCAAACCCAUUUGGGGCUAGAGCCGUGAGGAUAUAUUUGAGGGAGGUGAAAGAUAGUCAAGCUAAGGCUAGGGGGAUUCCAUAUGAGAAGAAGAAGAGAAAAAGACCCGGUGGCAGUACGUCUAACGCCGCCGCGACGGCGGCAAACAUGUCGGUGGUGGAUGAUGGUGACGGUGGUGGUGGUGGUGGUGGUGGAACAAGUGGCAUUAGUUCUAACAGUGAUCCAGCCCCUGUUACUUCCACAUUAUAG